AUGGCCUCCUUCUCCACUGUCAAGACCGCCGAUGGCAAGGGCAACAACCCUUACCCGCCGGCCGCGCCUUUCGACGACCGCAUGCUCAAGGUCUCGGACAUUCACACCAUUCGGCGUACUGAUAACGAUAGCGUCUGGCAGACCGGUAACCCCAACGGCAAGCCUGUGAUCUUCCUCCACGGUGGCCCCGGCGGCGGCACUUCGUCCUCGGACACUGUCUACUUUGACCCGGCAGUGUACCGCGUCGUCCUGAUGGACCAGCGCGGUGCAGGCCGCAGCGAGCCCACCGCUGAACUGCGCGAGAACACGACGUGGGACCUCGUCAAGGACAUCGAGACCAUCCGUAAAGAGCUUGGUAUUGACAAGUGGCUCGUGUUUGGCGGCUCAUGGGGAUCGACUCUGUCGCUCGCGUACGCCCAGACGCACCCCGAGCACGUUGUCGCUCUUAUCCUGCGUGGUAUCUUUCUCCUGCGCCGUUCAGAGCUUGAGUGGUUCUACCAGGACGGUGCCAGCCACGUCUGGCCCGACGCGUUCGAGAAGUACCGCGACGCCAUUGAGCCCGACCAGCGCCAUGACCUCAUCUCGGCGUACUACCGCCUCCUGACAGACAAGGAUGACACCAUCUCGCUGCGCGCUGCCAAGGCAUGGGCCACUUGGGAGGAGAGCACAAGCAAGCUCUACCAGGACCCGGCCAUGGUAGCCCUUGCGGACAAUGAUGUCAAGUGGGCCCGCGCCUUUGCCUCCAUCGAGUGCCAUUACUUUGUCAACGGAGGCUUCUUCCCCGAAGGCCACCUCGUGUCCGAGGCGCAGCUCGCCAAGAUCCGCCACAUCCCCACUGUUGUUGUGCAGGGCCGUUACGACUGCGUUUGCCCCGUGAGUACUGGCCUCGGAUUGCGGGUUUCAUGGAAUGCGGUGAAUGGUGGUGUGGUUUGCGACUACGCGACCGAACGUCUAGAGCGCCUGCGAGCGAGCGAGCAGUGUGUGGAGGUCACACUCCACCCCUCAUUGCUCGAGGCUGUGGAGAGGGCUGCUGCGACCGGACCGGUGGCCGGUGGUACCGGGUGUGGCGUCUGGGCAAAGUCGGCAUGGGACCUGUCCAAGGCCUGGGGUGCGGGUCUGCGCCUCACCAUUGUGGACGAUGCGGGCCACAGUGCGCAGGAAAAGGGUAUCAACCGCCUGCUUGUGGCCGCGGCCGACGAGUUCAAGGCUCUGCAGUUCUGA